AUGAAGCAUUCGUCUUGGUUGGCAUCCGCAUUCGGCGAACGCAUACAUCAACUGCUGCUCAGUACCAUGUCGAUUGCAUCUAGCGCCAAACGUUUCAUUUUGGUUGCCAAGAAUUCAAAAAGUCCUCCAAAGUUUUGUCCAGGUGCGAAUUUAACAUAUUUGUACAACAGCACAUCACGAAAUUUAAACAGUACAAAGGCAUGGAUGAGCGGACGAGCACUGGAGUUCGGCUUUCCCGACCCAACAAACUAA